AUGGCUCCUCCAUUUUACGCCGAACAUGUCGGGUCUUUGAUGCGACCUGCGGAGCUGCUUGCAGCUCGGUCUGCAGCAGGUCUAACAAAUACCUACUCCCAACUCACAAGGGAGGUCCAAGAGGCAACAGAAGCUGCCAUUGCGGGGGUGGUUGUAAAACAACUCGAGCUUGGAAUUCGCCCCAUAACCUCUGGCGAAUAUGAGCGCGACAAAUUCUAUUCUGGAUUUUUCGAGACUCUAGAAGGAAUGAAGAUCGUAGAAGCCAUUCCAAUCCCAGAAGGCUACCGAACCAACUUCCCAACACUGAAAACAUUAAAAUCUUUAAGAGUCACCACCCGGGAUGGAAUUGUUGCGGUCGGACAUAUUCGCCAUACAAAGUGUGCUUAUAUGUCGGAAUGGGAAUCUUUGCGUCGUUUAUUGCCUCAAGAUCAGUGGAGCGAAUGCAAAUUGACGAUGCCGCCCGUCACCCAUAAUCACAUGCAGUUGGCAAAGGGCACCGCGUAUUCCCCAUCAGCGUACACCUCCGACCGAGAUUAUUUCCAAGACCUUGCCGAGGCAUAUCAAAAAGAGUUCCAAGAGCUCUACGAUGCUGGCCUACGAUCAAUCCAAAUCGAUGACCCAUGUUUGCUGUUCUUUGUGACCGAUGAAUUUCGCGAGGGUUGCGUGGCAGAUGGUAUUGACCCGGAUAAAAUGCUUGACGACUACAUCUGGGCUCAUAAUCAGUGUCUUGCUGGAAAGCCAAAGGACUUGCAUGUUGGAUUGCAUCUCUGUCGAGGAAAUAUGGCCGGCUCAACUCAUAUCAUGAGUGGGUCUUAUGAGCGCAUCGCGAAGAAAAUGUUUACCGAGUUGGAUUACAACACCUACUACCUGGAGUAUGAUAAUGAUCGAUCUGGGGACUUUGAACCGCUGCGUCACUUGCCUGUUGGUAAAAAUGUUGUCUUGGGUGUGGUUUCUAGCAAAUCUCCGGAUCUUGAGGAUCUAGAUGAGCUAGUUCAACGAGUCCACUCUGCAGCAGAGGUGAUUGCCCGUGGGCAAGGCAGGGGUGUGGAGGAGGUGAUUAAAACUUCGCUUGGAGUCAGUCCUCAGUGUGGAUUUGCCAGCAUGAGUCUUGGAGGUGGACGUGGCAUGACUAUGGAAAUCAUGUGGGAGAAACUGCUGUUAGUUCAACAACUAGCCGAGAGAGUCUGGAGUUGA